AUGCAAGCCGCAAAGGACGCCGUUAAGAAGUUCACUAGCAAGGAUGGUCACCACGACACUACCGUCCACGAGCAGGUAUCACCGGUAAGGUUCCUCCUCCCCCUGCAGCUAAAGAUUGUACUGACUCGUCAAGGCCGUCACUAGCGAGACCGUCAGGCCUGAGCAGGAAGAGCGUGUGACUCAGGCGGUCGACCGGGAAGUCCACCAGGACCACUACCACACCUCUGUCCAGCCCGUCCACGACAAGGAGGUCCUACCAGAGCAGCACCACCACCAGGCCGCCGGCGUUGAGCAUCGCCAUGUCAACCACGACGACCACGCUCGCAACAAGGAACACCUUGCACAGGAGGCUGCUCAAUUCAAGGACACCUCUGUCCGCCAUGAUACCCACCACACUACGACUGUCAACCCGACGGUGACCGGCACCCACACCCACCACCAUGUGCAUGAAAACAUUCAGGUAUGUUAGAGCAAGACAGGGUUUCGGUGACAAUGCUAACAAGUCUGUCAAAGCCCGUCGUCCACAAGCAGACCGUCGAGCCUCACGUCAUGCACACCACCGUGCCCGUCCACGAGGUCCACCAGAACGCCGCCCAACACCACAGCACCUCCACCCUCCCCGCUGUCGGCAUGCAAGACUUCAAGAAGGCCGGUGGUGCUUUGACCGGUCGUGAGGAGCGCCACGAUGCUUUCGAAGGUGCCCCACGCCACCACCACCACCACGGCGAAGGCACCAACACCACUGCUGCCGGCACCACGCACGGUCAGGGAACCUUUGACAACUUCAACAACAACGGUACCACGCACGGCCAGGAUACCCUUGACAAUAAUCUCAACAACAACGGUGGCGUGCACAACACUAACACCAGGGGUCUGGAUUCCACCACUUCCGGCCAGACUACGGGGAAGCCGUCUCUGAUGGACAAGCUCAACCCCAAGGUCGAUGCCGAUGGUGACGGCAAGCGUGGAUUGAUGGAUUAG